GCUUGAUCAUUAUUAUCAACGUCAUUGAUUUGUUGUUGUUGCUGUUAAAUUUUGUCAUUUCAUAACUUUUAACUUUCGUCUUUUUGUUCAUAAAUUCUUUGUUCGGUUAACUUGUUUUUCAACAACAAUUAUCAUUUGAAAAGAUUAGAUAAUUUUCUUCGGAAACAAAAAAAUAAAUUUCCUGAAGAAAUUAAUUGGUUAACCAGAAACCAGAAACGAUGAGCUCAAAUUCUUCGAAUCGUCCGAUUGGAUUCGCUAUCGAUGAUAUCGAUAGUUCACAACAACAACAACAACCACGGCCAAAUAUUCGAUUAACAUGGAUCGAUAGAAUAUGGCGUUUUUUCUAUUCAAAAGAAGAAUUUGAAGCCUAUCUUAUUGAAAAAGAACUUAAACGUCAAAAAAAACGUGAACAAAAAUUGGCUCGACAACAGGCACAAAUGCAAAAUUAACCAUUCGUUUUUUUUCAAUGAUUAAUCGUUAAGCGAUUUCUGCUCCACUUUGUUAAUGAUAAAAUCAUUUGUAACUUGAAAAUCGGGAUAUUUUAUUUAUUGAUCUAAUCAA